AUGUUGAUCAGGUGAUCGUUUAAAGAAUUAGAACCGAAACAUGGCGCUUACAGCUAAGCAGAUGUUAUUGGCUCUUGGGAUGCUCGUUACUGGAAGUAUCAACACGCUAAGUAAGAAGGCCCAAAAUGAUUGCAAUGUUGUUGGACGAAACGGGACAGACGUACAUGAAUUUGACCAUCCUUGGUUUCAAACUGUCCUUAUGUUUAUAGGUGAAAGUACAUGCCUUGUUGCGCUUCUAAUAUCUCGACACUAUGAAAGGAAACAGUUUAGGCAAAGUUUUAGUAUACAGAAUAAUGACGACGAAACACAGAUCAAGCAGUUGAAUCAACCAAGAGUAUUUCAGUUCAUCUUUAUAAUUCCUACUUUGUGUGAUUUAUUUGGAACAACUUUAGCUGGUAUUGGUCUUCUCUAUGUCACUGCCUCAGUCUGGCAAAUGUUGCGAGGUUCCAUAAUUGUCUUUGCUGGAAUUCUGUCGAGGCUCUUCCUUAAAAGGAAAUUGAAGUGUUAUCACUGGUCAGGAAUUGUACUUACAAUGUUUGGUUUAUUACUUGUUGGUCUAUCCAGUGUACUGCAAGAUGAGGAGGCAGGUUAUAGCUCCAAAACAGUGUUAGGAAUUGUUCUGAUUCUUGGGAGCCAGUUUAUUAGUGCCACCCAGAUGAUCAUAGAAGAACUGUUUCUAAAGACCAAAGGAUAUCCUCCACUGCAGGUUGUUGGAAUGGAAGGAAGCUUUGGUGUGCUGAUCAUGAGUUUUAUAGUUCUGCCAAUAUUGUACUAUAUUCCUGACCAUUCUGCACCGACCGGACGCUACGAAGACAGCAUUGACGCCCUCUAUCAAAUCAAAAACAGCACCAAGUUGCUUAUAUUCAGCCUUCUCUAUCUCUGCUCCAUUGCUUUCUACAACUUCUUUGGAUUGUCAGUAACAAAAUCAUUGACAGCUGUUCAUCGGACCCUGAUUGAUGCCUGCAGAACCAUUUUGGUUUGGUUCGUGGACUUGAUCAUCUAUUAUGCAUUUGACAAAGGUUUUGGAGAAGAAUUUGAUGUUACCUAUGGAAUCCUUCAAAUUGAUGGCUUUAUGUUUCUAAUGAUUGGAACUGCAAUGUACAACGGACUAAUGCCGGUUGAUUUUAUACCUUGUUGUCGGGAUGAUUCGCAACCAAACUUCACAUCAUCCGUCAACGAUGAAGAUAAUGUGGAUGAUAGCAGCAAUGACAAAGCUUCUCUGUUGAAAAAUACUGAACCAGAUACCUGAUAUUUGAAUGAGGUAACUUCUCUGAAAGCAAAAUGUAUAUUUUAUUUUAGUAUUGUUUAAAUUAAUUUUUUAUGACUUUGAACCGAACUGUUAUUUGUAUAUGUAUACAGUGCACCCUCCAAUUCGAGACCCCUCUAAUUCCGAGACUCUUCUAAUUUGAGACCACUUUUUCUGACAACGAAAUAACGAUCAUCGAUCUUUUAAUUAGAGACCACACCCCGAGACCACCCUGCCAAGAUGGUCACUAAUUGAAGGGCGAACUGUAUUACUACCUCAUUUUGUAUUGAUUCUUGUUGCAUUUUGCUUAAAAAUGUUAGUUUCUCCCAACUUGAAAUCCCCGUAGGCCUAUGUAUUCCUGUUUGUACUUUGUAAAACGAUCAAGGAAGCAUGACAGUUGCCUAUUUCUAACUAAACAACAUUAUCGGAGAAUAAUCAGAUGAAGUCAAGUCCAACAUCAAUCUUUUGUUUUUGGAAUUCAUUUAAAAUUGGUUUCUUUCUAUUAUGUGUGAAGUUAUCGCAUGGGUAUGAUUGGCAGUUUGGAAAUAAAGAGAAGCCAAAUUUUGGCAUCAGAGAAAUAAGAUCCAACGCAUUUGAACAUUGUCAAACAAAAGUUGAAAUAAGAACAAUAACACACUGAAGUAACGAUCAAGGAAGCAUACAAUGAUAUUGGCUUACAAGUCAAACUUUGUGAUUAACAAUGUCAAAGACAUGCCUCAUUCUUCUUUUGUAAGUGAAUUGAAUUGUGAAUGGGAUUAUGAUUAAAGUACAAUUUAGCUGUCUUAUAAAGAAAAAAAAAAAAAACGAAGGAAUUAUGCGUUUAAUAAAUGUCUGUAGGGCAACUUGCAAUUCGAUAUUUGUUUCACAACUCUUUCAAACAAAAAAUUAUCUUUUCAUAACAUCAUUCAAACAUGAUUCAAACAUGACAUGAAAAGAGGCUUUGUAUAAUACUACACCACAGCUGCAAUAUAAAAAUUAUUUUCUGAAAGUAUUUACUUCUAAGAUUAACUAAGUUUUUGAAUGUACUACAAUAAAAUUAAGAUAGCAUGGGAUCAAGUUUCAACUUAUGAUACGUUUCCACCCCUAGAUAUUAACAGAAACCUGUUCAAUUGGUUCUUUAUGAAAGACAUAAUUUGAGAACAGUUAAAUAUCAGGUCCUAACAUCAAUCAGGUUUUUCUUUUGUGUUAGAACGAAUUAAUUGAAAAUUAGUUUCAUCGUGUAAAUAUUCUAUGAGUACUGUUAUGACAGAGAUAUCAUUGACAGAAAGAACAAAAGCUACUUCCAAAUUUUGGCAUCAAAGAACAUCCAUAACAUUUGAACAUUGUCAAACAAUAGACUUAAACAAAAAGAACAAUAACACACUGAAGUACGGUGGGGGGGGGGGAGUGGGGGAGUAUAUUCAUUGGAAGUUGAUAAAUUGUGUGGUUAUUUUAAAUAAGAUUUCUAAUUUUUUAUUUAAAUUUUGAGGGUUUUCUUGAUUUUUGGUUCAUAGCAUAUCACAAUCGAUGGACCAAAACUGAAUAAGGAAUUUGUGUUUCAGUGUUUCAUUUCAUAGCACUGAAUAGACUUUACCAAAGCCUGGCACUCACUGUGUUGUAAAACGGCCAUGCGACCAUCCUCUGGCAUCAGGACUACAGACUCUACACUGUCUGCUGAUUGUCGAUGGCAGUCUGAACAAAUCACCAUUAAGAACCACUCAUUGCGCACGCAUCAAGGAAUUCUGUUCUCUAUAAAAUCGCGUCGGGUGCAGUGAACGUCCAGAUUUAGAAAGGCAAACAGCUUAUAUUUACUUUAUAUGCUAAUGUACUUAUUCUCAUUUAAUGUAUUUUUGUAUAAAUUAAUUAACUUUUCUCUAUUUACUUAACUUUGGCAUGCUAUAAUUAGCAAAUGACUUAAUGGAUAAUUAAAGAUAAACAGUCUGUAAGGAAAUCUGGAAAUCUCAAAUAUUUUAUUAGAACAUGAAAUUGCUCAUAUGGACUUGUAAUUGAACAAAAUAAAUAAGUUUUGAAAGGUUAUAUACAAUAUAAUAAAGUAAAUUAAAUAUUAAAUUGUAUUGUGAAUAAUGCUAUCCAACCUUCUAAUAGAAAAUAAAUAUAAUGGCCAGUCAUUUACUGAUGAUGGGAGAGGCUUCUUGAAACAUGUCUGCUAUUAUAGCUGUGUUAUUUUGUAUUGUAAAAGGUAACUUUUUCCAUCAGUUUGUUAAAAGUUCUGUUAAGUUUUUGUUAUCAUCAUUAAAUUGAUACUAAUUUCUACGAAUUU